GGAUGAUAAGAAUGAUGUAUUAUUGUUGCAUUGAAUGGGUUAAUAUAAGGUAAAAUAUACUUAAAAUGUUCAUAAAAAGGUAAAAGUUAAAAGGCACUAAUGGUCUGUAGAUCAGUGAUUCAUUGUUCGGUGGUUUAAGUUUAGGUAUCAGUGCAAUCAGAUUGAUUGCUAAUGCCUCAUUCAGGGACGAUCUGUGAGCGAUUGCUAAUGCCUCGUUUUGCCUAUGAACGGAGCGUGUGGCUAGGGUCGUUCAUUACAACUAUGGCCGACACUGAGCUGCAUCGUGUCCGUGUCGUUUGUCAUAUUUCCUCUUUUACAGGGGCGUAACAUUUGGAGGCACCGCUGGGAUAGUGUGCAGCGUGGUUUAGCGUCUUCAACAGAUGUCCCCCGCCGUCACACAUCCCCUUUAAACAACCCGGAACAUCAGAAGCAGGUGGCGAAUCAGCGAUAGUGGGAGUCCGAUUGUCUGGGGCAGCUUGCAUGUGAUCUGAGGUAUUUCUGCAUACCAGGAGAGCUGCUAUUACUACCCGAAGAUUAAAAGGUACCACUUCACUGCUAGCACCUACAUCUGGCUGGGAAGAUGGAGUCGACCGGAUUAGAGGAGUUACAGCUUGAAGUAAUAAGGGCAUUGUGUCUGUUGCCCCGAGAGAGUUUGGUGGAGCUGUGUGACUAUCUAAUCAUUGCCGGAGCAGAGUUUGAGCAUGUUACCAACAAGGGCCGAACUGCUCUCAUCACACUAAUUUCAAACCACAUACAGAGAGUAGAGCUAGAAGAGCUCGAGGAUGAAGGUAUGGCUGGCUUACUCCAUCUUCAAGACAAAAUUUCUGAGCUCCAGAUAGCUGGUAAAGCUGGCCCAUCAAAACCAGUAGGUGAGCAACAGGAUGGAGAGGAGAAAAGAAUAUUGGAGGAAAUUGAGGCCUUGCAGCUUCAGUUAGCAAGCACACAGAAACAGAGUGAGGAAAACAAGCCAGAAAUGAGAGGAAUUAAAAGCAUUACCCCCACCAGACAAUCACCACAGAGUGUAGUCCACAGUCCUGCACCUCACCCAUGGCAAAAGGAUUUUAAGAUUGCUGGCCAAAUCGGUGAGCCCGGUCAGAGAGACAAGCUGACUUUUUCGAGCCUAGCACGUCAAAUUGAACAUGGCUUAAGCAAGGGGUUUCUGGAACUCGAGAUAGCAGAUGCAGUGAUAAGAGCGAUAUCUCCAGGCAUGCAACUCCGCAGCUAUUUAGAGGGCAAAACCAACCUAACCUUACCCAUGCUGAGGCGAAUACUCCGAAGUCAUUAUCAAGAGAAAAGUGCAACCGACCUUUAUAAGCAGCUGACCUCAGAGGUGCAGGGCAUCAAAGAAACCCCACAGAACUUCCUAAUUCGCACUUUCGACCUGAGACAAAAAAUUUUGUUCGCUUCGCAGGAAUCUGAGUCAGGUCUCCAAUAUGACCCUGGGUUAGUGCAGAAGAUGUUUCUUCACACUGUGCUAACUGGCCUGCAGAAUGACAACAUCAGGCGGGAUCUUCAGCCUUACUUGGAGCAAACUGACAUCGCUGAUGAACUGUUGCUUGAGCGAGUGAAUACAGCAUGUGCUUAUGAGACCGAGAGGCAGAACAAGAAAAAAUUAUCAGGACAACAAAGACCUGUUACCAUCCAUUCAGUGCAGUCCAGCGAAGCUUCUGCUGAAAAGAAUGAAAAUAUACCAACUCAACAAAAGUCUAAAGUUUCCCCAUCUGUUCUUUCCCAGCUUGAGGAAAUUAAAUCUGAGAUGGCUCUGUUGAAAGAUCUUAGAGCUGAAGUGUCUCACAUUAGGGAGUCCAUACAACCACCGCCAGCAGGGGGGGCCGAUGGCGCAUUAGGACUGCAAUUCUCAGGUCAGCAGAUGCAGGAUCCGCCACAGGGCUACUGGUUUUCUGCGGGCUCCAGACACAGAGGAGGAACUGCUCAGUAUCAGCAAAGGUUUGCCCCACAGCCCAACUUCCCCGCAUCACGUCGUGAUCAAAGGAGAAAAUGUUUUAGUUGCCAACAGAGUGGCGCUGAAGAUUAUUGCACGCACUGUUAUAGGUGUGGCAGCAGCGAGCACUUUCUGGCUGGUUGUCGAGCAAGGGGACAGAGACAGUUCGGAGGUGAGGCUUUAAACGGGGGAAGGUCACUCGCACGGGACAGGGAGUGACUAGUAAUGUAGCAAUGUCCCAGCAAUGUGCAUCCUGUAAGAAAGUGUUUUGCGAGUCUACGCCAUGUCAAGUUGAUAAUUUGGCAGCACACAAAAGAGAAUGUCAAGCACUCCCAUGUAUGACUACAAACACCGCUCCAAAGAAGGACAAAAGGGCAAAAAGGGCGCCAUUGGUAGGAGGAAAACACAUUGUUGAUUGCUUCAUCCAAGGCCAAAGUGUUCAGGCUCUGUGGGACUCAGGCUCCCAAGUGACCAUAAUUGAUGAGAGAUGGAAAGAAACACACCUGCCAAAUGCAAGACUAAGAGGCAUAACCGAAAUUCUAGAUACAACACAGACUUUUGACAUACAGGCAGCAAAUGGGGAGAGUAUGCCAUACACUGGUUGGGUCGAGGUAACUUUUAGAUUAGCUUCAGGAGCUGCAUCCAACACAGAAGUUAUUGUCCCCACACUUGUAAUGAAGGGUGGUAAGCUUGUCCAACCUAUCAUUGGGUCUAAUGUGAUUAGGAUUAUUAUAGACAGUGAGCUGAAACAGUCAAACACCACUGACAGGGAAGGGUUAAGUAGAACAGUAAGGGCAGCCUUUCCAGGACAAGCAGCAGCCUUUGUGGAGCAGGUAACUGCUGCGGUAGAACAAGUCAGCACCACACUAGGGGAUGAGUAUAUCGUCAGGACAAAAAGGGGGAGGAUUAACAUACCAAAACGCACAUCAGUCAGAGUUGAGUGUCAUGUAAACAUGGAUUCUCCACAUGAAGACAACAUAUUUCUCUUCGAGCCAGAUGUGAACCCCCGCUGGGCAGAGGGACUUGAACUAUGUGACAUGCUGGUGAAAGUAGAUAAGGACAGAAAAAAACCCUCUAUUAGUGUAAGUGUGCAGAAUAUUACAGACCAUGACAUGAUGUUACCAGGGAAAACUGUAGUCGGGACUGUCCAGCAGGUCCAAACAGUCUACCCCGCCUCCAUACUAGAGGGGUCACGCCCUCCGCCUUCAGCUACAACAAAUCACAUCAGCGCUGAAAAGGAUCUGACUACAGGCAAUGUUUGGGAUCCACCUGUGGAUUUGGGCCACCUCAGUGAGCCAGAACGUGAGAUAGUUAGCAAGAUGUUACGAGAGGAGUGUGCCUCCUUUUCAAGAACAGAGGAUGAUAUCGGUUGUAUCGAAAAACUUCAACUCAGCAUUUCCCUGAAAGACACGGAGCCUGUCGCAAAAGCAUACCUCUCGGUGCCUAAGCCACUUUAUCGGGAAAUGAAAGACUACUUGAAUGAUCUCAUCGCUCAGGGUUGGGUGGAGAAGUCUAAUUCACCGUAUGCAUCACCAGUCGUGUGCGUUCGAAAGAAGGAUGGGAGUCUCCGACUGUGCAUAGACUUUCGCGAAGUGAACAGAAAGACCCUCCCUGACCGCCAGCCUAUCCCCAGAGUGCAAGACAUAAUGGAUGGCCUCGGAGGAAACUGUUGGUUCUCUCUGUUAGAUCAAGGGAAAGCGUACCAUCAGGGCUUUAUGACGAAGGAGAGCAGACCCAUAACCGCUUUUGUCACACCAUGGGGUCUUUAUGAGUGGA